AUUUGUUUCUAACCUUGGAGAUGGCUUGGGCCAGAGCCGUGCCAGGCCGUGCGCUGAUUGCGCAUCACCGACUCCGAAACCUUCCGACCCGCCGAGCGCCCGCCGAGCCCGCCGAGACACGGCCACGCCUUCGUUUGCCUGCGUCGUGGCUCGCGGCGUCGCCUGCCGGCAGCUGAGGCCGAGCUGAGGCUGCUGCAGCGGCAGAAAACACGUGUACGAAUGCGAGCUGCGCUUACCGGCUUUGUUUACAGCAGUAGUUAUGCUGAACUUUUCAAGCAUCGUGCUUUCUGUCACUUGUGUGAAGCUCCUCUUCAUCACCGCCUAUAGAUCCACCGAUUUCGAGGUCCACAGGAAUUGGCUGGCCAUCACGCACUCUUUACCGACAUCAAAAUGGUAUUUCGAGAGUACCUCAGAAUGGACGCUGGACUAUCCGCCUCUGUUUGCCUGGUUUGAAUAUUUCCUGUCUUUGGCGGCGUGGUUCGUCGAUCCAGCCAUGCUGCAGCUGAACAAUCUCAACUAUGCCAGCACAGCGACGGUGUACUUCCAGAGGCUUUCCGUCAUAUUUUCGGACCUAGUCUUCAUCUAUGCCGUUUGGACAUGGCGUGGUCUGGUGGCCCCUCCGAAGAAGAGGCACGGUUCCGCGAGCGGCGCCGACCCCUGGUUCGAACCGGCGACGGUACUUGCCAUGCUCUUCCUGUGGAACCCCGGCCUGCUCUUGGUGGACCACAUCCAUUUCCAGUACAACGGCUUCCUUCAUGGAAUCCUACUCCUGGCUGCUGCCAGGCUGUUCCAGGGACGUGCCGUGGAAGCGACCUUCUGGUUCGCUGUGCUGCUCUACUUGAAGCACAUCUACAUCUAUGUGGCGCCCGUCUUCUUCGUUUGUCUGCUGCGCAGCCACUGCUUUGCGCCAACCUCCGAAAAAGGUAUGAAAGCUCUCUUCGGAAGUUUCCGCCCCGUGCGUUUCCUCCAACUAGCAGGAACGGUGAUUCUUGUGAGCCUGGUUUCUCUGUGGCCUUUCCUUAGUCAGACUCAGCUCGUACAACUAGGGCAGCGACUGUUCCCGUUCAAACGUGGCCUGUGCCACGCAUAUUGGGCACCGAACUGGUGGGCACUGUACGCUGCCAUGGACAGGGUCAUGGCACUCUCGGGGCUGAUGCCCAAGUCGACUGCAGAGGCUGGUGUGUCGACCACUGCCGGCUUGGUUCGAGACUCCAGCUUCGUCUUCUUGCCAGACGUGCGGCCACUCUGUACAUUUAUUCUCACCCUGCUCUUCCAACUGCCGGCCCUGUGGGGACUGUGGAAGCGUCCGCGGGAUCCGUGGGCGCUUCUCAGGGCGCUCGUCCUCUGCUCCCUAAGCGCUUUCCUCUUCGGAUGGCACGUGCACGAGAAAGCGGUGCUCAUGCCCAUCUUGCUUGCCACACCGCUGGCCCUUCGAAGCUCGGAGGACGCUGCCAUCUUUGUGCUCCUGUCGUUCGCGGGACACUGCUCGCUGUUUCCUCUGCUGUUCCAACCUGCUGAAACUCCCAUCAAGGGGUUGCUGGUGUUGCUGCACACCGUCUACGCCAUCUGCGCGCUCCGCAAACUGCACGGGAACGGAAAAGACAUGGUCCGACGCUCGGGCAAAGUGCAGAGGUGUGAAGACCUGCUGGCACCGGCAGAACAGUUGGGAAUAAGCAUCCUGGCCCUUGUGCUGGUCUACUCGGAGCUCAUCCACCCAUUUGUUCCCUCCGCCGAGAGACUACAGUUCCUGCCACUUCUGCUGACGUCCGUCAGUUGUGCCGCCUGCAUCAUCUAUGCCUGGAUCCGGUCGUGGGUUGUCUGGGUUUAUCCAUUGCAUCCUUAGCUCCACGUUUCAAGUGUUUUUAUUUAUAUUUCUCUCCCUGCAAGUUGGAUGGGAAGCCCAAUAACAAACCUCUUGUGUUCCGAGUUACGGAAGUUGUGCCAAAACACUUUCAUACUUACAGCACGCUGCUGCUUCUUGUCUGUUAGAACACUAUCAGCCAUUGGAAUCUUUUCAGCUAAGCGGACAACUUUCUUCUAGUCGGAGUGACUGCAGUCGGAGAGCACAUAUUUACAUUUUCCAUCCCUUUGAAUAUACAUUUUUUGGUGAAAAGUUUAAUAAAAGGGGUUUGCAGCUCCCACUAGUGAAAACAAAAAUUGUUGCAGAGCACUAUACUCUGUUUCACCUUACGAUGUACCACAGGAAAGGCUACAAGCGCGGUCUCCUUGCUCUAGGGCAGCUCUCGCCGGCACAAGCUCUCGUGCACUAAGGGCAGCUGCCAACGCUACGAGCUCGCGCUUCUAGCCUUCGCUGCGGUACAGCAUAAGGUAAAACGGAGUAUAGCCGUGGCCUUUGAAGCUUUGCAUAUGCCUUAUGCAGGGGUCAUCAGAUGUGGUUUUGCAAUGCCAAGGCAUAUCGCCCACGUCAAUAAAUUGUUGUGUACCUUUCUCC